CCUAUGAAGUGGGAACACAGUGAACCCAGACUAAAAGAGGAAGGAUACAGCAGUGAGGAUUCAAACUGGUGCAUUUCAGACUGCAAGACUAUCUGCUUCCUCUAAGAGUUCAUAUCUGAGAAACGCUGAAGUUACCCAGUCUGCAUUUCCACACUGCUUUUUUCAGGUCUACUGAGGAGUAAUGGGGCUGCUGAAAGUCUCUAUCAUCUUUCUUCUUUCAUUAAUCACGAUGACUUUAGCAGAGCCGCCUGGAUGCAAGAUCCGCAUCACCGACAGAGGACUGGAGAUGUUGAAGACAGAGACAAAGAGGUUCGUGGAAGAAGAGUUGAGUAACAUCACCAUGCCAGAGAUGCGUGGUGAAGAGGGCCGUUUCCAGUACACCAUCAAAGAUGUGAAGAUCACGGAGCUGAAUCUGGCGUCUGACCUGCGUUUCCAGCCUGAUGUGGGGCUGCUGUUCGAGGUGCAGAACUCCUCCAUCACCCUCAACUUCCAGAGACGCAUCCUUUACUGGCUCUUUUAUGAUGAGGGAGCCAUCAACGCCUCAGCCGAAGGUGUCAACAUCUUUACAGUCCUCCAUCUCAGCAAAGACAGUGAGGGACGUCUCAAGAUCUCCAACGUCACCUGCGAUGCAUCCAUCUCCAAGAUGAGGGCCAGAUUUGGCGGGACCUUUGGGAGGGUUUAUGAUUUUAUCGGAACGUUCCUGACUACAGGAAUGCGCUUCGUCUUGAAUAAACAGAUUUGUCCUGCCUUGAAUCAUGCUGCACUGGUUUUGGUUAACCAGCUACUGGAAACAAUCCCUGUUCGUACGGAGGUGGACAGUUAUGUAGGCAUUGAUUACUCACUGCUCAGUGACCCCGUGGUGACAGAAACUAGCCUCGAUAUGGAUUUUAGGGGCAUGUUUUACGAUCUUAAGAAUGAGAACGAGACCCUCGUGAACUACGCUGUGAAUCCUGUAGUGAGAGAGUAUGAUCGAAUGAUCUAUCUCGCUCUCUCCGAGUACUUCUUUGACAGCGGCCUCUACUCUUACUUCAAAGGCGGGCUGUUCCAAAUGACGAUCGCAAACGAGCGAAUGCCGAAGGACUUGGAGAUGCUCCUCAGAACUACCUACUUGGGUACAAUCAUGAUGCUGAACCCGACUCUAAUGGAGCAUCCACUCUCGCUGGAGUUAGAGGUCACAUCUCCUCCUCGCUCCACUAUCAAGACCUCGGGUGCCAGUGUAUCCGUCAACUGUAACGUCAAAGUGUUGAUUCUUCCUCCAGGAAAACCAGCAGUCCAGCUCAGCAGCAUGACCAUGGAAGGGAAAUUCAACGCAAAAGUAUCAAUGAAAGGCAAGCGCCUGGCCAUCCAUUUAGAUCUGAGAAGGUUCAAAAUUUUCUCCAAUCAAUCUGCUCUGGAGUCUUUAGCUCUAAUUCCACUUCAAGGUCCAUUGAAGACAAUGCUGCAGAUAUCAGUGGUGCCUCUCAUUAACAAUUACACAAAGCGAGGUGUGCAGAUCCCUCUGCCGGACGGGAUAGACUUCAUCGAAGAGGUGGUUGAGUAUCACAAUGGCUACAUCAUCGUGGGGGCAAACCUACACUUUAAAACAGGCCUGAGAGAAAUAAUCGAGAAGAAGCUGGCCGGUGAAACAGACAACUCAAUUUAAAACGGGGGGGAAAAAAAACAGUGCAAACAUUACUGCAUGUUCAAAGUCAUGCACAGAUACUAAAAUAUGGAGCAAUAAAUGGAGGUUUUAAAAGAGAAGAACUAACCUUCCAGCAGAAGCAUGAUGUUUGUUAACUGUACAAAAUGUUUAAUCCUCAAGACCUGCUAUCGUUACAGUCAACAUGAACUCUGAAUUCACCCCGUUUACUCUCUGAAUACACUUUUUGAAUUUCUGAAUUUGCACUUUAACAUACAAUGAUGAUUUUUUUCCUUAUAUCCCUAAAAUAGUUAAUGCAAUAAUCUAUUUAAGAAUGCAAAUGAUCAAACUUGUUAGCAAAGGAUGCUUUCACUAUUGCUUAGGAAUUUCACCUUUAGCACAAAUUGCAGUUACCUCUAUUUACACUUUGUGAAAACAGUAUUUAUCACUCUUUGCUCUCAGUGUAAAUACAGUCUAACUUUUUACAUUUGGUGUAAAUAGCGGUUGCAUAAAGAUUACACCAAUAUAAGCAAAUAA